AUGGGAGUGACACGUACAACUCCUUCUCGCCAGCAGCAUGCGAACGCCUCCACCCCUACGGACGCUCGAGCUACACGCUCAAGAGCUGUGGCAAGCACCCCCGCAUCGUCCAGGAAGCGAAAAGCGACUGAACAGAAGGUCACACCAAGCGCGUCAUCAAAGAAGUCGCGUCGAUCCACUACAACUGGUUCUUCCAAUGAUACCGUCGAAGUGAUCGAUUUGACUGGCGACACCCCUAGCCCUGCUAGAAGAAGAGCUCGAGCACCAGCAUCAUAUGACGAGCUGACUCCUGAACGCCGAGCGAGAAGAUUCCGUACCCACCCUCCCAGCACGUAUCUUGAUAGAGCUGCGCGUGCACUAUCCCAGCGCAUGUUCGUUGUCGGACAUAGUGUCACGGAAGUCGAUGAUGCGCCCGAGAUAUCUUUCGACAUCGUCGGUACCACUGGCAACAUCUAUAAGACAACGAUAGGGAAGGUGCCAUCUUGCAGCUGCCCAGAUGCUCUAAAAGGGAAUCAAUGCAAACACAUCUGCUAUGGUACGUCGAGCCCCUUGCGUAGACAGUUACCCCGCACCCUCGUCUCUCUGCUGGGUCAUUCUGCAAUGUCCGAGUUGCUGAUUAUUCUGGCUUGUGAAGUCCUAGUCAAGGCCCUUAGAGCGCCCCAGCAUCUGCAAUAUCAGUUAGCAUUCUUGUCGUCGGAACUUCGAGAGAUGUACAACGGCUCUCCCAUCAGCCGCGAGCAGGCCAGCGCUGAAGAAAACAAGGAUGGGAACAGGAAACCUGUUGAAGGCGACUGCCCGAUCUGCUUCAUGGAGUUUGAACCCGACAAAGAAGAGAUAGUAUGGUGCCGAGCAGCAUGCGGAAACAAUAUACACAAGACUUGUUUCCAGAAGUGGGCCGCAACUCAGCAAGCUCAAGGAGUGAGAUGCGUUUAUUGCCGUUCUCCUUGGCAAGCAGAUACUGGUAACAUGAAGCUUGAUGAACUGGUCAAAGGAGCCAGUGUAGAUUCUGAUGGCUACGUCAAUGUAGCCGAUCAGCUCGGCCUGUCUGGAAUUCGCGGUAUGAGACCGAAUCUGUGA